AUGACGGCAAACGAGGCGUUCAAAGAUGUUAAUAGGUCAAAGAACAAACCUUUACCAACAAUUUUAACGGAAGACGACGUUCCUGGGGCAUCUUUAGAGGGACGGAAACCUGAACAGUUAAAAAACGAUGAGUUGAAACGUUGGUUGAGGUGCCGAGGGGCGAGUGUUUCUGGCACUCGCGUGCAACUACUUGAAAGACCGUCUUGAAAGGUAAACAUGACAUUUGUACAGUGUUUUGGCAUCCAUGCUGGGUUAUUUUUAAUAUUUUUUGCCAAUAGUUAAUUUUCAGGAUUAAAGAUUAUAUUUCCAGUGGACUACACAUGAAGGUAACUGAUCCUGAUGGGGGAAUUCACUCCACUGGAAAAAACAAUUCGAAGGUACUGGCAAUGAACGUGAUGACAAGGUUGCUGAGUAGCCCAAAGAAGGCUGGACUUUAAGCCUACAAAAGGCGCCGAAGUUUCAACAUUGUUUUAUAUUUUCGUAUCUGUCUGGAGGGAGAAACAGCAGGGAAAAAGGACAAGGGGCGUUUAAAAGCAAACGAGAAGGGUAGGCUUUGUUUAAGGCUUCCCAUGUCUUGAUGAUGAUUUCUACUUUUUUGAUGGAAGAGUAAAGGCUUCUAUGACCAGAAACAAGAUGUAUAGAACAAAGGUCAGACAAAACAAAACAGGUGAAGUUGUUGCUGCUCAAUGCACUUGUAAAGCUGGCGCUAAUGGAUAUUGUAAACUUGCUGGGGCCUUAUUAUAUGCCAUACUUGAAUUCUCUGAAAGUGGCCUUGGGCAGAUUCCUCCAAACACUUCUUGCACAGCAAGGCCUCAGCAGUGGCAUAAACCAACCCAACGAACCUCAAACGUUCCAGUUCUUUUCAAAGAUAUACUGAUGAUAAAGCAUGAUUAUGAUGCUGACAAAAGAAAGAAGACUGAAAAAAGGACUGAAAGGAAAAACGAGAAAGAAGCAUAUUCAUCAUGUCCCCCUUUGCUCUACAGGUUACAAGAAAAGCAGAUUAAGGACCUCUACAAUGAAUUAAAAAAACUUGCCUAAGGAGUCAAAUGCAGUAAUUCUCAAUGUGUUGCAAGGCAAUGAUUGGCAGCCUGUAACUGUAAAAAUGAUUAUCUACCUGGUAAACAUAAAAGAAAUGAAACUCAGACAGAGGUAGAAGCUUCAGGUCAUCUUUUCAAGAAAGCCCCAGUACAUUGUUUUGGGUAAAAUCAGUGUGAGCCACUAGACAUCAACUUUUUUCAGACUUAAUCAUUUCCCAUUCUGUAGCAAUUUCUAACUUACCUGAACAACAGACUGAAACUAGCAUGA